CUCCACUUCGUUUCCAACCGUGCACUCACUUUUCUCGUGUGAUGAUUGCGAUUUUUGAAACGACGUGAGACAUUUCGAGGGUAAAGCUGGGCAGGCGACGUCAGUAAAUUGUCUCUUACGCACCAUAUCUCUCUAUCUGUGCGGGGAGGACAUCCCUGCAUUCAUAAACCCCGUUUAUUCGUCAGGAAGUUAUAGCAGUGGUCGAGGUCUCGUGAAAAGGCGAAUCCUGGCGCUCCACGUCCAACUGAUGAGACUCUACAAAUCAGCCCCUUGCGCAAAAUCUCCGAGUCGACAUGGAUGACUUCGAACAGUUGGUGAAUAGAGCUGUGGAGGACGAGGUGAUAAUGGGAGCAGUGGUAGUGGCGAAGGACCGGUCAGGCCAGGUCGACUACCUCCAAACAUUUGGUAAUAGGUGUUUGAAACCCGAGGUGAAGCCAAUGGAGAAACACACUGUGCUCUUGUUAGCAUCCAUGACGAAACUCAUGACAACUAUUGCCAUCCUCAAGCUCGUAGAGCAAGGAUUAAUAAAGCUGGAUGACGAUGUCACAGGAUUGCUCCCCGCACUCGCCAAGCAAGAAAUACUCGCCGGGUUCAAGGACGAUGACAGUCCUAUCACCAAAAAGAGGGCGCGGCCCAUUACCUUACGCCAGUUGCUGACGCACAGUUUUGGGGGCGCGUAUGAUUUCCACCCGGAAAUCACAAAAUGGAAACAAAACCAAGGGAUUCCUCUGGGAAGAGGCAAGACUGUUGCAGACUUGUUCGGGACGCCACUCCUCCAUGAGCCGGGAGAGGGGUGGACCUACAGUGGCGGUUUGGACUGGGCAGGUCAAAUAAUCGAGAAGCUCAGCGGGUCGAAUUUGGAAGAUUAUAUGAAGAAGCACAUUUGGGACCCGCUUGGACUAAAAGACAUGACUUUCUGGCCUGAUGUGAAUCCAGAGGUCGCCCAACGAUUGGCGUCCAUGAGCAUCCGGGAUAAGGCGACGGGAAAGGCCGUCCAGUCACGAAAGCCGAUUCGGCUUGCGCCUGGUGUCCAGGACGCCUGCGGCGGCCAGGGAGCAUUUGGUCCUGUGACUGAUUAUAUCGAGAUCCUACACUCACUUCUAAAGGAUGAUGAGAGGUUGCUGAAACGAGAAACGACAGCAAUGAUGUUCCAGCCACAGCUUUCACCAGCGUCUAGAACUGCGCUACUAGCCCAUAUGAAGCAUCCAGACUGGAUAGUGGGCCAUUUCCCUGAUACUGGGGAGUAUGACUGGGGUCUUGGAGGAAUCUUGAUUGACGGAGACAAGCACCCAUACCGAAAGCGGGGGACAAUGAUCUGGAGUGGGAAUGCGAACCUCUUCUGGUUCAUCGAUCGAGCCUCUGGGUUGUGUGGCGUGUUUGGGUGUCAGCUUUUACCGCCCGCGGAUGUGGAGAUCGAACAACUAAUUAAGGCGUUUGAGGAGGAGGUGCACCGCAGGGCGAGCUCAAAGGCUCGCUUGUGAAUCUAUAAAGAUGAAUACGCGAAAGUGGAGAGAUGAGUAGACAAUUGUAAACGUGGACUGCUUGAAAGUUUUGGUCAAGAAGCUACAACCGUAGGAAGGAAGGCAGGCCAAAUAUUACGAGGUUUUGCCCGAUCAGGUACAAAACCAAAGGUCUUAGCCAAAUUUCAGCAGGUACUUAUUAUAUAAAGCGUUUCGAUAUUUAAUAUAUGUUCUGAG